CGGGUGCGCGUGCAGUGCGGCGCGGACGUACAUACACCUGCGUUGUCGUCACGCACGUCUUGAGCUAACAAUAGCAUAUGCGUGCGCAUGCGAGGUGCACGAACGUGUGCGCACGCGCGCCCGCGCUCGGCCGACUUGACGAAAGCUCGACCGCGCAGAGAAACGCGCCACACCGCCGGGGCCAGCCGCUCGACUGGUGGCCGGACGGACGAGACUAAGAGAAACGUGCUGCCAAGACGGACCCUUUCCCCCCCCCCGCCCUUUCCCCCAUCCUUCCACACCCUCGCUCCCCUCCUCCCCAUCCGCCAUCACCCUCCCCUUGCCCUCAACUGACCGCCUCGCGCUUAGCGACAGUGCGACAGGUUCGCGACACAACCGAGGGCUCGUCGUCAUCUUCACACGUCACGCGGUCGCUGUGCGUCGCAGACGAAGUAGUCGGACUUCUUCCCCAGCUCCUGACUGUCGUGGUCGUCGCUGCUGUUGUCAUCUGCAUUGUCGUCGGUGGACUGGACUGGUUGGCGGUGAGAGCCGGGCGUUGCGUGCUGACAUUGUGCAAUGGGGGCGCCGGUAGAGUAGUGGAGGGCACUGCGGGGGGCUCUGCUCGCCCUCCCCACACGCAACGUGCUGUUGGGGGGAAGUGGUCCCGACUGAUACAGGGAGGGGGCUGUGGGCUAAUCAAUGGCUGCGCCCACAACUGCUUCUUCCCCAGAACACAGCGCCGUCUACACUUGGAGGCAGCAGUGACUCGUAACACCUGAUGCUUAGAAGCCAUGCAGAGCUACAAGGACCCACAGUCGUCCCCUGGUGGCCGUGGGGCAGCCCCUCCCAUCACCAUGACGAUGUCUCUCAACGGGCCUCCUGGUUACCACAUGCAGCCUAGCCCCAUGCAUGGGUACCUCCCGCACCAGCCAGGGGCACUGGACGGGGGAGCAGUCGUGGCGGGCGGUGGGGUGCUGGGGGAUGUGACUGCGGGAGGAGCAGGCGCGGAGGUGACCCGGACGCAGCGAGAACAGUACAUCGCCCAGCAGCACCAACAGCCGCAGCAGGGUUCAAGGGGCAAACAGUCUGUAGGGGGAAGUCCGGGUGGCAGUGCCACUGUGUCGGGUGCGUCUGGUGCUGGCGCCAGUAGCAGUAGCGGGGGAGGAGGAGGUGGAGCGGGUAUGCAGUACCGAGCGAGGCCGGACCAGAUGCAGCUCGCAGCGCAGCACCAGCACCAGCAGAUGCUGCAACACCAGCAGCGACAACACGGGAUGUCUAGCACCCACCUCCGCUCACCCGCCAUGGGCAUGCACUCGCCACAACAGCAACAUCAACAUCACAUUCACCAUCAGCAGCACCAUCCAAGCCAGCUUCACGGCUCCCAGCAAAGUGCUCAGAUGACAUACAUGUCAGAGAAAGACAGUCGAGGCGGUUCCGGGGUAUUCAAAACGCCUCCUGCCCUCGGCUACCCGGCGUCUACUGUUGGGAGCCCAGCUGUAGGUCAGGGAAUGACCAAUGGUAUUCCCGGCAUGCAUCCGCAGCAGUACAGUGGUUUCCACAUGAUGAAAGACACACCCAUGCGGGGCGACAGUUCAGGUAUGGCGGACUCGAUGAAGCAGAGAAUGGGUGCGGGCACCAGCGGCUCGGUGAGUGCCAUGUCCCCUCGGGGUCAGGCAGGGCCCGGUGGACUAGCGGGGUUUAGGCAGAGCGGCAGCACCAACAGUAGUGAAUCCAGCAGACACCACGCACAGCAGGCGGGACUUCACAGCACUCAACAACAGCAGCAGCAACAUGUGAUGAUGCAUCCUCAAACACAGCAAAGUCAGCAACCGCAGCAGCAUCUUGCACAGCACCCGCUUCAUCAUCAUCAACAGCAGCAGCCAUCGCACCUGCAGAGCAUGCCUCACGCGGGGCCUCAGUCCUCGCACUAUCCGGGGCACACACAGCAGAAGGCGGCGCUGUCGUCUGGCAGUCACGUGACUCCACACCCCCUCCCGCAGAACCCCAUGGCAUUACCCUUAUCUCACCGAACCGUUGCGUCGUCUCAUGGUCAGGCCCCACCCGCACCUAUAUACGCUCAGGCCCCACCGGCCAUCCACCCGCCUGGCCACCCGGGACUUUCCCCUGUCACUCAGGACGCACACGUGCAUCAACUCCACCACCUCCAUCCACAAGGACACCCGACUCAGCCUCCGAUGCAGCCUCCUUCGCAUCACAGGUCAGGAUCGUCACCACCACCCGCUGGCACCGACCUUUACCUUCGGGCCUCCCCCGCCUCUGCGCCAGCUUUGACCCCCCGCCACCAGGGAUUAGACACUGGCAUGAACGUGCACGCGGACGGCUCCAUGCAGAUGAUGAGUGUGCGCUCCCAGCCAUCCGUGGGCUCUAUACGAACUGGUGAACCCAGGGUUCAGACUCAAACCGCAGGAUGCAGCUCCACGCGCUCGGCCAGCGCUAGCGGUCCUCUCAUGGGUGUCAGUGGUGGAGCGGGCCUCAUGCCAACCCACACCAUGUCCAAGGGUUCGAUCCAGAUGGGCACGCCGGCCGUGAAGCCAGUGGUUAUUAACACCGAUGUCAGAGUAAACAGCGAAGUGAGCCGGGGCUGCAAGGUAUCGCCAGGAGGGAAUGCACCCCUCGAUUUGUCCAAAAUACGUCCGGAGCCCACCCGACCAGGAGACUGCCCACUGGACUUGUCGGUCAAACCUCGUAAAAGGCCAAUGGAAGAAGGUGGCCACGUGGAUGAUGACAAAGAGCUGGCUUCGCUUGCCUUGAUGAAGAAACCUCGCAGUGGUCCAACUCCCCCGAAGUCUUCCUACGAACUCAGUGGGCUGCACUAUUCCUCGAACAUGCCAGUUGUGAACACUCAACCUCCGGGGCUGACAAGCCAGCCCGUCAAACCGAGCACCGUGCCCGUGAAAGGUGACCACCCUGUGAACCCUAGCAUCCCCGUGAUGUCGUACCCGACAUCGCAAGGGUUCAAACCUCACCUGGCCUCACCCAGUAUGAGUGGUUACCUCUCAGGCCAGGGUUUGCAGGCCUCGGUUGCAGGUCCUCCUUCGAAAGUGCCGCACAGUCACACGUACCCUGAUCGGGGCAGCACCCACAGUCGCAGCAACAGCAGCAGCAGCCGUGGAAGCACACCUCUGUCAAGGCCACACAGCAUCGAGAUGAACUUUGAAGGUAAAGGUGAUGACCUGUCCUCCCUGAUGCCCAAAAUAGUGAAGGGCAUCACGGCAUCGCCUCCUAUCAUGAUUUCCUCUCUCCAUUCCCAGCUGGAGAGAGUCCAGCAGAUGAAACCGGAAGGGAUGCCGGGUCACGGACAUAGCAUUCCCAUGAAGCAUCAGCACCCUCACCAGCUGCCUCCGCAACAAAUGCUGCCGCGGGAUGUUGUUCAGUCGUAUUCAAUGAAUGGCUGCGAGAAACCGAGGACCGGGGUUUCUGACAGUCACCUGCAGAAAUCCGUGUCAGUUCAACAACAACAACAACAACAGCAGCAGCAGCAGCUGCAAAGACACCAGCAGCCAUGCUGCCCACCUAAGACUGCUCAGAGCUUGACGAUGGGAACACCGAAAGCAUCUCCACAAAGUACUAGUCACACGCCGUCUGAACCUCACAGCCUGGAGUUCCCUUCCACCCAGCACGUAGGACAGCCUCACCUUUACCCUCAGCAAAAGUAUCACCACCAGAUGCAAAAGCAGCAACUACAGCAACAUCAUCUAGCGAUGCAUCGCCACCAAACUCAGCAGCAGCAACAGCAGAGGAUUCACUUGAUGCACGAACACCAACAGAAGCAGCAGCAACAUUACCAACACGUGCCGCGGCAACAGUCGCAGAAGCAGCAGGCACGGGAGGCAAAGUAUGGCCAGCAGCAGCUGCAGCAAGGGAUUGUGGGAAGUCCGUACAUGUACGACAUGGCGGUCCGAGAACACGACAUCCACAAAGUCAAACAGCAUUUCCACGGACCACUGCCGGAUGGUGCGGGAGAUGACGCGUUGUCAUGGAGACAGCAGGAAGUUCCCAGCGCCUCGAUCGUUCAGGGUGCAGUACUCGCGGCUGCCGAAGCCCCUGUCAUCAUGCGACCUUGCAGCGACAAGCAGCAUAACCAGCAGCGCAGCAGCACAGACAAAAGCCUUGUUGCGUCAGCUUCCGCUGCAGGUCCCUCGCCAAGUCUCCGGCCGGUCAAGUUUGAGGAGAGUCCGCGAGGAGAGAACUGUCGAAGCGGUUACUACGCCCGAAAGUCUUCGAUGGAAAGUAGUGCACCGGAAGGGGAAAAGCGAUCUGCUCCUUCCUCAGACCUACACACUGCCCACCAGUCUAAUCUUCUUCGCCUGCAGGAGAAAGACACCAAGAACUUGAAAGGAAGUGCUGGAGCGGCAGGAGAUGCUUUGACCCCUGCAGUCGCUAGUGACAGUUGUAAACAAGAGAUUGUCGCCAGAAGUGGAAGGAUUGUCACGGGAGGAGCUGCUCGUGAGCAGGGGGUGGAGGAUGCGAGACCGCCGUCAACUGUGUCUCAGGAACAUGACAGCCUUGUUGAUGAAGCUCUGUCCGAAGAAAGAACUACUCCCACGACGACCAAGAAAGCGGCGGACUCCUUCCAGAGACCACAUCCCAUCACCGUCGGCAGUAGUAGCAAUGUAGGGGGCAGCACGAGUAUCAGCAGCAAGAAACCCUUUGACAACACAAGCCAGGUGGAAGUAGUUUCCAAGGAGACCGCUGCUAUCAAGUCAGAGAGUUGUGCCACUGCAUCUCCAACACCUUUGGAGGACUUCACUACCCCUUUGUCCAUUUCCAUCCCGCAUUCACCCGCUCAAGAGGCUGACAGCAAGCAACCUGCGUCAGCGAUUCCACCUCCCCCGAAGAUGUUGCCUAGGAAACGCAUGAUACUGAAUGCCUAUAAUAAGGACGAGACCAUGAGAAAAUUUAUCGGGGUGCCUGCCCCAAAGGGAGAUCUGGGACCACCAGGAUCAACAGUCAGUAAAACUGACCACCAGAGGCCUCGUCACAUAUCCUCUAGUCCUCCCCCUUCCUCCCCCAAGAUGCCUAUCCUCAGUCCGCAGGAAAAGGGAAACGAGGCGGACGUGACCUCAGCUCAAAACGAUGACCCUCCAACCCUUGACCCUCCAACUCCUGUUAGAAAUCGGUCAACAAAGAAUGCGAACAGUACUCCCAAAGGCAGUAGCAACGGUGGCAACGGUUCUGGUGGCGGCGUGUCGUUGGCCGCUGGGGGAGGCAGCGCGGGGGUGGUCGCCGCUCCCGGUGGACAGGGGGGAGCCCAGUCCUCUUCCCCCAUCGCCAUAACCAUGGAGAUCAGUGUGGUCAACACGACCAAACUCCCCGUGACAUCGGCGGCGGCGACUCACCCAAACUCGGAGCUGGACAUUGGAGCGGACAAGAGCGAGUCUGUGGUGGUGAGACGCUGCAGUCUGACGGCAGGUGACCCUGGCGAGCGGCUGGCUGACCCCGGUGCUCAACAAGCUGGCGGCCAGGUUCCAGUGUCCUUCAGCCGACCUGAUGUUAUUAGAAGACCCUCUCUCGACCGACCGUGGGGACAUCCACAAAAAAUCAUCCCAGUGGCCAACGUGGCCCCCUUCAUGCACAACAAAACUGCAGCGGAGCUGUCCGGAAAGGAUUACGCUGACUCUCCGCAAAGCUCCCGAGGAUCCGAACCCUCGCCUCACGAACUAGCUCAGCCCAAGACUGAAGACAGGAAAGUUUUGGAUGAAAGUAAACGUGAAGGAGUUCAACCGGGAGACGACGAAACAAAGUCUUCAUCGCCCUCCGCUUUGCAAACCAAGGACCUGACCUCGUCUGAGAAACGGAAGCAGACCCAACGGUCGAAAACCGUCAAGAAGACUUCGAAGCUGAUCAAGAAGCUGACCAGCAUCGGGAAGUGCAAGCCGAAACCUGGGGAUGUGGUCGACGAUUUGGGGGUACCACCUCUUUCUCUGAAGUACAAAGUUCUCAAGUCUUCGCAGAUGUUCAACGUACAUGACCUGGAUUCUAUUAAUAGUCCGGAGAGGAAGGACAAGACUCUGAAGAAGAAGCUCGCCAAGCAGAAGCACGCGCUCAAGACCGCUCUUCAGGCUGGAGGCGAGAAAACCAAGCCGGCCGGACUUGAGGAGGAGUGCGAGGAAAGAGAAGACGAGGAGGCUGCUCAGGCCUCAGGAACGACUCCGGAGAAGAGCAAGAAGGACUUGGCUCAGUCGAGAGAAGAGAGGGCCAAUCGGCGGGCAAUGCUUCGUCGGGAGGAGGAGAGGCGAUCUGGCCGGAAACAACAGAAGCCGGGCAAGCGCACUGCACGCCGGAGGCUGUCCAGCACCAAUCAGAAGGCCCGGGAACUGAAGCGUUCAGCCAUAGCUCGACGCCCUCGUCGAGAGACAACCAAGCGGAAGAGUGGCCAGUACAACCGGAACGCCGCCUACGAGGAGGAGGUCAAGCGUGACGAGUCCCGAAAGGCCAUCCGUCGCGCGCGGCGCCACGCCAGCAACCUCGCCCGCGAGCGACUGCAGCAGCAACAGCAUCACAUCGACGCCACGGACGCUGGCGACAACUCCCAGGACGAGACCCAGAGCCUGCCGCGCGAUGACGAACCCUGGGACAUCGCCUCCGCCUUCUCGUCGUCCCGGCCAUCCCGGAAGUCCAAGUCCGCGCGGGUGAUUGUGGGAGCGAGCGGCUCCGAUGGCGGUGGGGCGAUUGCGCGGGCAUCGGGCAAACAGCUGGGCGUGGGGCUCGAGAGUUCCGAUGUGGACGAGGAGUACUACCACGAUGCGGACGAUGAGUCGAAAGAUGUCAGCGACGAUGAUGACGAUGCGGCGGAUGCGGAUUUCGCGGACGGCAACUCGCAGUCUUCGCGGGGCAAGAGCAGGUCACUCGCCAGCCGCAAGAAGCGGCGCGGCAAAAGUCGUCUGCGGCGGAAGCACGCGGAAUCCUGCUUCGACGACGACAACUUUGAAUCGGGGCGCGAGGAUACCUUGCUGUACGGCGAAGAUACAGUGGAGCUGAGCGGAAGUCAGUGCGCACUUCCUGUGCCACCGGAAGUCAAGCGGAUAGCAGUGAACAAGAAUUCUGGCGAGACGCUGCUGCACCGAGCUGCACGACUAGGCAACGAGGAAGUGACGUUGUACUGCUUACGUAGCGGCGAAUAUAACGUCAAUGCGCGAGACAACGCUGGAUACACGGCGCUUCACGAGAGUUGCGUCAAAGGCAGCGUCAGAGUGGCACGUCAUCUCAUUCUUCACGGCGCUGACGUCAAUUGCUGCUCCCUGGACGGCAUCAGACCGCUGCAUGACGCCGUGGAGAACGACCAUGUGCAGGUAGUGCGGCUGCUGCUGUCGCACGGCGCCGACCCCCUCAUCGCCACGUACGGGGGCAAGACCCCGCUCAAGAUCGCUCGCUCCGUCCCCAUGUUUGACCUCAUUAAAGGGUACCUUGGCGACCUCAACGGGUAUGGGAGCGAGGAUGAACGACCCUGGCAGAUGCCUGGUUCUUACGGUCUGCAUGCUGCGACUGGAGACCCCGACAAUGGCUUCGACAUAUUCGCCGAUGUACCCUCGGACGGCGACGAUGUUGACAUCGAUCAUCUUUUUGAUGAUGGCAUCACUGCAUCCAUCGCCACCUACCUCUUGCCGGCGGAAAAUACCAACAGCAACCCGCAGCCCGUGGUCCUACAAGACGACCUCCUACGGCAGCUGCGGAUUCCCUUCAAGCAGUUUUCGUCCAUGAACUCCUGCAUGCGCGCGCAGGUUCACGUGACCCGCCCCCACAUUCUGCGCAUGCUCGAGCACAGCGCGCUCCGGCGGGGCAGCCUGCAGCACCACGCGCUGCUGGAGUCGGACAAGCUGACCUUUCUACCCGUCGCCGUCCUGUCAAAGGUCGAGGCCGCCUUUGAGCAGCUGACACGCCGCCCUUCACCUAGGACGCCGGCCACGACGAUUUCCGGGUCACUCGGCCUCCUGCCUGACCUCCAGACCGACAGCGACCACCUGUUGAUUCGUCAUCUAGGAGAGAUGUCGCUGAGACAUUGUGACGAGGAUGGUGGUGCCGAGAGUCCUGUGGAGGACGAGGACACGAAGGACGGCUGCCGGCAAGGCGGAUCCUUGAAGUUCGUCAUCUCCGGAAAGGUCACCAACGGCGGGCAUGACGGGAAGUCGGAGAGCUGGACGCUGAGCCAGUGCGAGAAGUCCGCUGUGAUGUGGGUGAAGAAAGAGAAGAAUCCUCUGCAAGGCUGCUGUGCCCAGUCCCCAAGCAGAGCUUGCACGCCUGUUCCUGCCGCCCCUCCCCAGCGCCUCCUUCCAGGGGAGAUUCCUCAGCCCGCUUCCGCAUCAGGAAAUCAGGAUCAGGAUCCUGACAGCACCGUCGACAAGACAUACUUGCUACAGACCUACAGGGGUUCCCAGGUGCCCAGUGGUGCUGAAGACAAGCGUCCUUCUAGCCGCUGUCAGAGCGACAAGCACUCGCCGUUCAGGGCCGUUUCUGACACAUCAUCCGCAGCCAGGACCCAAAACGAGGCGAUGACCCCAUACGGCUACCAGUACCCUGAGUCUUCAUUGCCUGCUUCCUCCGCUGCCUCCCCUGCGAAGCCUUCCUCGGUGCUACUAAAAGCUGCUCACUUCACACCGAAGGUUGUUAAAAAGGAAUUUAGCGAGGUUGAGAUCCUGUCGUCCGUGUCCAGUGUCCCGGGCGUCGGGAGUCACCCUUCCUCGCUAAUGUCCAGCUCUCGGCCAGCUACCAAGUCAGGAGGAGCUGUGAAAGGAGUGGGGUCAGGGAUCGGCAAGGCUUCGGAGGGGAGUGGUUCGACGACCAGAUCCUCCGUGCCCUCCAGCGCUGCCCACACCUGGGGGAACUCGCGUGGCUCGGGGAGGCGCAGCACGUCCGCAGGCGGUGGACUCGUCUCGUCUGGUAACAGCAUAAUCAUCAAAUCGUCUGGCCAGGGGCCAAGUGCUGGCCACGUCACAUCCGGGGACAAAGGUCAGUCGGCGAGUGCGCCGCCGGCACCUUUGCCAGUUCCAAGCAUGGAGUCUUCCGAAUCGCUUGCCAGAACUGCGAGCUCUGCGCGUGAAAUCUGUUCAUCAGCCAAUGGGAGUCGGGAACCCAGAACAUUGCCGUGGUUGUCACAGGGAGGUCGAAUUCUAGCAUCGUCGUCGACCCCGAGAAGUGGACGAGACCCAAGUCAAGAACACAAGAAGUCGCCGAACUUUACUUCCGGAUCCAACUCGGCAUCGUCCCGUGAACCGUCAGGAGCUUCUCACUCCUCCUUUCCAAUGUCUAUGGCAUCGGCACCAGGCAGGGAGGCUGGGAGGGACGUCAGGGGCGGCAAGUCGCCCAGCAUGAUCCCAACAACUUUCUCCUCCGCCUUCACGCAGUUCGUCAACAAGGACCUGUCUGUCGUCUAUGGCGACUAUCCCAGAAGCGAGUCGCGGACAGUUCAGAGGUCAAGCGCCGUGCAUGCGCUGCCCAAAGGGUCAAGCCAGGAACACCUGACAUCAUCCAUCAAGCGAUCAGCUGCUUCCUGCCCGUCAUCGCUGUCGUCCACUGCCGCGUUAUCGACUGCCUCAUCCUCACUUACUUCAGGCAGAACGUUCAGCAAGGAGUUCAAGUCGCAGCCACGCCCCAGUCCGCGACCUGCCUCGGCGAAAAAACAGGAAGCGCCCUCGCCCUCAAGUUCCUCGUCGCUUUCCUUGUCAACUUCGUCGCAGUCGUUUACGUCCGGCAAGUUGACAUCCAAAGAGCCCAGCCGCUUGCCUCACAGUGCAGGCUCGGCACCACCUCUCGUGAGCAUGGGGCUCUCCAGGAAUGCCAGCUCCUCCAUCUUGGAGUCGACGCCGACAAAAUGUCUUCCAUCGUCUGUGCCGUCGCAUGGGUUGUUGUCAUCGUCCUCCGUUAUCAAGGACUCUGGGAAUCGGGAAGAUAGAGUGUACCAGACUCUGAACCUCGGGGAUAACCAGGUUCUGCCGGGCAUGCAGGACCCGCCUGGGGGCAGGAAGCCGGACACCAAGACCAAGAACCCGCAGCUGGACUUUGUCCAAAUGUUCUCCGACGAGAGUUCCAGCAACUCUUUCACCACCGUUGUGGAUAAUCUCGAUUAUGAUAGCAGUCACUCCCCCGUCGGGACCGCUGGGAUUACGGUCACCUGUGGCAGUGGGUCAGAGGUCAAUGCUGCUGAGCCAAAACUGUCCGGCACGGGGCCUACCUCCCUUGGCGCCUCGGCCAAGAGCUUUGGCUUCGGCGUGUUCGGGCGAAGCGUGGCUGGCAAAGACACCAACGACAAUGAAAUCCACUUGUUCACCAGGACCAAGCCCUAGUGCCCUCCAUGCCUCCUGAGCCUUUUUUGGUCACGUGUCUUUCAAGAUCCGCUCCACGCGCAGUCUCGCUGUGCUCCUUCUGGAACAAGAAGUGACGAACGUGAAGACUUUGAUGAAGCAUCAGUAUUGGUUCGAGUCUCGCUCUGUACACUGUGGAAGACAUUUUUUUGCUGUCGGUGAAGAAGUGUACCCUGGGCCUCGGCCUGCUCCUCCCACCGAUGUCAGUGUUUGAGUAUAUAUAUACCUAACUUCCACAGCUUUGACAUGCCAUGAAGGAAUUCUCGUGAUUUGAUUUGUCCAUGUUUGUUUACAUUUUCCUGCUCAUGAAAAACACUGUUGUCGAUGUGAUUCUUAUAUUUGUGGUUGGUUGCCUUCGGCUCAUGUUGCUGUGGAGACAGACGCAAGAACAGUUCGCCAUGGAACCAGGAUAUUAAAGCCCGGAUUAUAGACAGACGUGGAGAAAAAAGUCUUGUACAUGUUCGAGUGUUUUUGUUUUGUUGUUUGUUUUUUGUUUUUAUUUUUUUAAAUUUGUUUUCGUUGAGCCAUAUAAACUUUUGAUAUUACAGUUUUGAUUAGUGUUACAGCGGUUCAUACUUCCUCUUGUGUUCUCCUGUACAGUCAGUCGUCGUCAGCUGGUGGAGAGAUGGAACAGCGACACCUACACUGUGAAUGUGAUGCCUUUCAUGUGAUGGACAUGUGACGUAUGUGUGACGUAUACCGCUCAGCACGUGUGCUUUAUUCUCCGGUUGCUGCUUAGUACGGAAAUAGUAUUGUGUGUGUGUGUCGGCCUGCCGACCAAUCGUUUCGUGGCUUAGCAGUUUUCUCGACCAAUCGUGGAUCCGCUUACAUGUAGAAACCGUCAAGCUGAGCUAGAGUAUGUCGUGACGUGGAUACGGGUGUUUCCGGGUAGAGCAAGUAAAAAAAUGCAUUCUCUUUAAAAAAAAAAAAUAAAGAGAUGUUUAUUCUCAUUGACAGCUGUGACAGCUGUUGGAACCGAUAGCAGCAUUCCACUGCCAGUGUGACGUAGCGAGGACCGUUGGUGUGGGAGUCUUGUCUAGUUUCCUUGACGUCACUGUGUCCCGUACGCAACAGCCAUGUUGCUACCUUUGUUCGCCCUUAGGAGACAUGUAACUUAGUCUGGCAUUGUGUGUGAUGUCACUUAGCCUAACAUUUUUAUCUAGGGAUGCUCAAAUGGAUUCGUCACUGGGGGUCAGACACAUACGGGUAAUUUUUAUAGUUUUUUUUUGUUUUGUUUUUUUUUUUUUGUAAAUUGAGAAAGUAUUCUUCAGAAUGGGUUUUGUUUUAUUAGUUUAGAAAAUGAGAAAGUAUAACAGCCUGUUGCCGGCAGGAUGGAAAGAAUUACACAAAGUGAAUGAACUAGAUGUUGGCUUCUUACAGUCCCAUGAACUGCAGCUGCGUGACGCACGUGCCGUCACUUCCUGCUGACAUCCAGUACUUGGUUCUUGUCGGUCACGUGGUAGUCUCGCGUCACUGCACCCACACUUUGUUAUGCUGGACGAUGUUAGGUUGACAUUAUGACAUGGAACUGUAGACUGGGACAAGAUGUGUGUAUCUGUGCUUUCGAAUGGCUUUCUGGUUUUACCAGUGUUACCAAUGGUGGAUCUCGUGUACAUUUGCAGUUUCCUGGUUUUUCAUGUUCCUCGCACCUGUUGUGUUACAGACUGUUGAUGCCUUACCUGGUGUCAAGGCACGUGUUCGUUCUCGCCAUGUCUCGUUCUUGUUCUUGUUUUCCAUUGCCAUCACUCACACUGUUACUCGUUGUGCCGCAGUUGUUUGGACCUGCUGGGUGGUUGCGUUGUUGGUCAAGUUGUCAGUGGCUUCGGCGAGAAGUACUUUUUAUUUUGUGAUGCUUUUACUGUCAUGUUUGUACAGCGGAGAGCUCUGGUAGCAGGGGAGGCAAUGCGGUACUGGGUACUCACUAGUCAGUCGUGAUGGGGUCGCUCCGUUCAUUCCGCCUUUCAUGAUGGUCUUAUCGGAUUUGCAUCGCGUGUCACCGCACAUGGGUCCCCCCCCACACUCCAGGCCCCUCCCCCUAACCCCCCUUCCUACACACCGCAGCGCCUCCUAUUAUCGCGCAGACAGGAAGUGUGCUCAAGGGGAGUGCACUCGCCAUAACGGUAAUCGCCAAGGCGGCAGGGAACAGAGGGUGCUCAUUUUUUUUCUAAUCAUGAAUUUUAGAGAGCUCGGUGAUAAAGGUCGCACAACCUAAACUCAGCACACACCUCCAGUCUUUGUUGAUUUUUGUUUACAAACCUCCAAAGCACUCAGGUCACAGUCUCCCCAUCCUUCCCCACAAACCACGGUCACUACAUUUUUAUCUUCUUUCCACUCCCUCCAACAUCCCGCUUCUGAAGAAAUGGAGAAAUGGUUUGCUAUUCCCCACUGAGUUCGUGGAGAGAGGAAAAUGUGGGUUCAUCGUGCUCAGUGCAGGAGCUGAUAACUCGAGAUGGGAUCGUGGUAGUCGGGUGGAAGUCCUUCCGGAUAGGACCUGAACAGGUCAAGAAGUAGAGCGGGUGUUGUGAUGAGCAUGCCGCUGAUAGCCAGGGUCACAGCUUUGUGAACACUGAGGUGAGUUGCUGUCACAAACACGGUGGCUGAAGUCGGUCUCAGCUCUCUACAUUUACCUGAACACUAGCAAUGUGAAGACAAGAGUGCGGACUACUCACCGCAUCGUUCACUUCUCUUUCUUUCUAUUUUUCUCCGUAUUUUUUUUUUUUCCAAACAUUUUCUGCAACUCGUCCUAUUUACUUUCCACCCACAUACCCCUAUAUCUCCAUUACUUUGCAAGUAGACGUAAAAUAAACUGCUCACAGAAUCGAACCAGCUGAUUUUUAUGUCUCCUUUUAAAACAUUAUCUUCUUUCUGAAGCUUUUUAAACUGUUUAUUUCCUUAAAGCCCAUGAACCUUCGUGAGCGACUUUGUCGAGGGCGUGAAAUGGUUGGGUGCUUCCACACACACACAGAGAUCCUACAACCAGCUCUGGCUCGGGUGUCAGGUGCAUAAACACACAACCUUAACCCUGUUCACACCCGCAGCCUGUCACACCAUGGGAGACAUCGAGGGCAAAACAAAAACUUUAGUUUGAUUCUUUCUUCGUACUUCUGCCUGGCAGACAUUCCCCACUUUCUUCUCCCAUCCCCACUACCCGGGGUGUUAACCGGUUACAACGGUUCACAACUGGUGUCGCCGUGCACCUCGUCCUCCCCUGACAUCUCUGUCUCUCCAGUUUAAACGUUUUCCAUGAUGGCGCUGGUUCCUUGUUCCUGUCUUCAUCCUGACCUGACCCUGCUGCUACAUUGUAUUCCUCCAUCCUGCAAGCUUGUGCAGCUUUUUGCUCCACCCGGUCAUGCGCCUUGCGGACUGUAAUGGCUUCCGUCUAGACGGCGCUCGCCUCGCUCUCAAUCCUUUUGCAUUUUCCGCAGUCUAUUUCCGCUAGGGGCAAAUAACUCGCAGAUCAAAUUAUCCUGGGAUAGGCUUAAACUGUGUUCUCCAGACAAAUCUCUAACUUCGAUUUGCAUUAAAGGAAAAUGUUCAACCCAGAAUAGCACGGGAGUAAAUGUUAGAUGGUCCGGAAAUGUUUGUUGUUUAUUACUCUGGGAAUGUUUAUUGUUGCUCUUGUCAAAUGGAGGGAAGCCAAAAGGGAAGCAUCAAAGAGGAGUUAGUACAGCCAUCAGUUGUCUUCUAUGUUAACAAGAAUUGUAAAAUUAACUUGAGUGAUUGCACCUCUGUUCUUGGUGGGCGUAUUUUAUGAAUUUGUUUUGGCCAGGUAUCUUUGACUCGGAUAUACACUUUAAAAUCUGUUUUUAUGCUUUCCCGCUUGACACUGUGACUUUGUCAGACGUUGUAACGAGAGUUGUGGCUGACCACACCUGGCCGUGAUGUUGAGAGUAACAUUUUUGUGAAAGCAUUGUAAAUAAAAUAUUUCAACCAGGCAUUUAAUAAGGAGUUUAUUUAUUUCAGUUCAAAUGUUUAUCUUAAACUUCGACCUCGCUUCAGUCAGACGAUUAUAAACUUCCUCUCCUCCUCUUCUCUCCCUCUUCUCAUUGAGGUACAUUUCUGUAAGUUGUUUGGGGUUGAUAGACAAAAUGUUUUGACACAACCUUUUUUCUGUCUUUUAACGAACAUUUUGAGAAUACUUAUUUCAGAAAAUACUUUCACUUUCAGUUAAUGUUUCUUUUGAAAGCAAGGACCACUUUAAUAGAAUUUAUGCAAUUAUUUUUGUCCUUUCACAUUUAUGGUUUGGCUUGUUUGACCAAGGCAGUUGCUGGUCAAAUAAAAACAAAUAAACCAGCUUAGUGUGAGUGGCUUUUAAUAAAUAAACUUUUAAUAAAGUUCGCAAGAUGCUGGCCCCUGAAGGCGAUGGUAAAGUACUUACCCUGACCUUCAAACAAAAAGUUCAUAUGAGUGUUGCUCUCAUUACAAGUUUCAUACCUUAGUGAAAGUAUCACGAUCUGUCUGAAUUCGGAAGAACCUGCAGCACUUACGGGUAGGUUGCUAGUAGUUUGAGUAGUUGAUUAUCACAUAGUUCCAAACAUUGGACCAGUUGAAUGGAACAUAAUGACCAGAGGGUGGAUAUUGCCCCGAGGAUGUAGUCUGGGGAUUGCUGCAGGUGAAUGUCAAUGCCAGUUUAGUUGCACCUUGUCUAGCAAACACCUGUCUGAUGUCCGCUGGACUGUCACAUUUACUGCUGAUUAUUCGCUUUUCUGAACAAACUGUUCAUCCCCUCGAGCCUCAACCCUUGUGUUGUUCUUGAUAGUUGGCUCAGCCAGGGUUUAUCAUAGUCUGAGCUGAUUUCUGGUGGCUUGGUGCUGUUCUAGUUGCUGUUCUAGAGGGACCGUCGACGACCUGACGGAGGUUGGAUAUCUAGUUGAUCACGUGACUGACAGUGUGGCCAACAUUGCGAACGAAGAAGUGAUUAGCUGUAGGAUGUAAUGGGAAAGUCUCAUCUUUAUAUUUUGAUGACAAGUUUGUUGUUUGAGUUGCCCAAGGUUCUGGCGAUAUUCCACACUAUUUCUUUGUUUUCAAGAGAUAAAUGUGGUUUUAAUUAGCGUUAAUGUGAUUGUGAGUUGGUUACAGCGGUUAGAACUAAUGGAAUCACACAGCCAGCUGUUGUGUAUGGAAUGAAAUAAUGUAGGAGUAAGUGGAGGGGUGGCUUAGUUAAGAAUUUUUAUCCUCAACAUUUGUUGCGUUUAUAUCCAGAAGCUGUUGUUCAUGGUUUGUUGCUAUAACUUUCAUUCUCUCCGUCAGUGUCGCCAGCUGCAAAGACGAAUCAGAAUGAAAUAACUGCAUACAAUUCUGACUCAAAAGCCUCGUCCAAAGCCUGUUCCCACCCUGUGUACCCCAUCUUACCUUUCUGCGGGUGUGAAGAAAGCUCUGUUGAUAAUGGGUAUGAAGGGAGGGUUUGCGACAAAGUCUUUGUGCAGAGAAGAAUGAAAUAUUUCUUGACCUCAACAGCGGGGAAGGGAGGGUUGUAGUGGAGGUAAUGAUCACCUUGAAGGUUAGAAAGUGUUGCAGCGUCUCUCAACUCUCUUUUCCCCACAAGCAAACAUUUAAUAAUCACAGGCAUGCGUGACUUUUAAGAUGAUGAUGGGGAGGUUGAAGGUCAGUUAACGACCAGCAGAAGACACGCGAAUGCAGUGGAGCAGGAUGUUGGGGGGCUGUGUGUGUGUGGGGGGGGGGCUGCGUGUGUGUGUGUUUGGGGUGGGGGGAGCAAUGCCUGUGAUUUGCAUGUUUAAAGGACGAAGUGGCCGCACAUCAAAGAAGCACGCGAGUUGUCGAGCAAUCGUGGCACCUGCGGGAGGCUUGCAAGGGAGAGCAACGCAGUUGACAGUCACCUCCGCUGACCACCCACCCCACCUUUAUUUGUUUUUUUGGGUUUUUUUGUUUUUUUUGUUUGUUUGUUUUUUUUUCAUGCGGCCACCAUCUUGCUUCCCAACGUGUCUCGGACUCUACACCCGGAGACCGUUUGCGGACCCGCGUGUGCUUUGAAGACUUGCAACGCAACUAAACGCGGGGCGGGAGGGGAACGAUGGGGUUCAGGGGGGGUUCAGGGGAAAUUAAGGAGUGGGACACGAACAUGUGAAUGCACUUGUGUUAAAUGCGAACUCUGUGUGUGUUGAACAAGGAGAGGGGGUGUCUGCUUUAGUUGUAGUAUUUUUAUAUUAUUUCUGGAAUAAAGUGUCUAAGGAGCGGGUCUUAAAGUAAAUUUCUGAUGGAAAAAAAUGUCAUACACAAUCAAUGUUUUAUGAAGUUUUUUUUUUCCUCUAUCGAGAAAAAAACCUUGUUGUCACAGGGCAACGUUAGCCAAUAUUAGACGUUUAUUGUGGGAAGAGGAAGUCGGGAUGGAGGAUAAGUACAACCUACGUAGGUUAUGACCUCUUUUAUGCUACACGACUACACUCGUUUUACCGAAUCUUUAUUUUCAAACGACCCAUGGUCUAUGUAAAGGCUACCCAGAUUCAUUGUGCUUGAUUAAUACAUUAAUACAUAAAUACAUUAUUCGGUCGUUCAGAACCACAAAAUUCAUUCAGCUUCCAUCAACCCAAGCUCAGAACCUUGAGCUGUACCGAGUUCAGGUGCACGAAACCUCGUGGUGUCCCCGAGUACAGUUACCUGCGACAGGGUGGGAACGGCUCGUACUAACCUCAAAGCUACCUUUUAUUGACUGGGGAUGGGGAUGGGGAUGCAGAAUUAAGAAUGGCAGUUAACAUCAGCUUCCACCAUCUUAAAAUCCAUUUUAUUUCUUCCCCGCCCUCACCAUACUGGUUCAUCGACAUAACCGGUUUCUCGGUUUGUGAGGUUUAUCCGGUCUAGGACCGUGCGCCUCAUCCCAGUCAUCGUACCUGAGUUAUGGGGAGGGGGUUGUAGUUUGGGGGGAAGGAUGUACCGACACUGGGUUCUGACAACCUGCUUCGGGUCGUCUGGUGAGAUCGAUUGGUGAAGACAAAUAGCAGCAGGCAACCCAAUGUGGGCUAAACACACCCGGCCAUCAAGCGUACACCCGUUUCCGGGAAAACAAAUACAUCUUGCCCUGAUUGUCAAAUGAUUAAAAAAAAUGCAAUCUUCUUUCUAUUCACGAAUAGUUUUUCUCUCGUGGGUAUCAUUAUGUUUGUAUAAUCAUUGUGUAGAUAAUUGCUUUAGCGGGAGGAGCACCUGUUUACUAUGAUGUCAGCAGCAGAACUGACUCAGAGAAACGCCCAAAGAUUAUUUACCGUUAAGUUCCGUUGUUGCCCCCCACGACAGCCGUUCACGAAGAAAGACUUGAAAAGAAAAAUAUUUUGGUUUUAAGGGAUUCUUUGUCAUUCGUUCUAAAGGGUAGAGGUGGGGGAGAUUCCUAGACCUUCAAAAAUGUCAUUUUGAAUGUUUAUGAUAUAGUGAUCUGUUGACACGAGGGCUGUCAUUUCUUGCUCAAUGAUGAGGUAGCAGGCGACUUUGAAUGAGUCCCAAGGAGGAGCUCACAGCUGUUAGUCAUCGUCUCUCUACAGGGAGGUGGAGGCGAUCAUAUUUGUUCAUGGCCAUGUCGACUCCGUUUCGUCGUUUCCUUUUUAUCGCUCACAGAUGAGUGUGACAUUUGCCUUUGUAGACAGACUCAUCCAUUUUUCAUGAGUGUGUGGGGUGGCUGCAUUGGAUUCUGGCCUUUAGAAGAGAUCGAGUCAUUUUCUCCCUUGCGAUGGGAAAAAAAAAAAUCAAACCAACCCAUAAUAUCUGCAAUCUGACAAACAUUAUGGAAAUGUUCUUUCGUUUGUUCUUUAAAAAAAGAGUAGUUGUGUAGUUAACAGACACUGGUGAGGGCAGGACCUAAAAAAAAGUACAACUAUAUUUUCUUGUGUGUCAGCACUUGUGAGCUGUUGGUGUGGUUACAACUGUUGGGCUGCGUGUUUCUCGCAUUUCUCACCGAAGUGGAACAAUUGUUGUGGGAGGAACAGUGUCACCUUGCUUUAUUACCGAGGCUUUGGCGAUCACAUUUCUCUCCUCUUGACUGUGCUUUGUACUUAACAUUUGCUGCUUUGUUUUGGCAAAACGGUGAAAAUUCUUUUGAGAAUUAGAAUCAUGUUUUCAGCAUCCUUUCAGUAAUUAAUAUCUCUCCUUCUCUUUCUGUCUUCGCUCAUUCCCGCGCUAUAUUCUUUAUCGUCUUUUGUCUGCCUUCCCCCAUUCCCGGUGGUGUGUGUGUGUGUCCACACGCGUGUGCAUGUCUAAAAUGUUUCGUAACAACAUGAGAUGACAAGACUGGGUGUGAUUUCUGGGUAAACAAGAAGUAUUGUCGGCUUUGUUAUUUGUUUGUUUUGUGAUUUUCUGUACAGAGUAUAUUUCCACGUUUUAAUGGGAAAAAAGAAAAGUACUGUGACAUUAGUGCAAAUAAAUAUUGGCUCUGUUGCUUCAAA